ACAUGACAGUAUGACUUAGAUUGAGCCAGUUACUUUAUACUUAUGAAUGGGUUAUUUAGUUUUCAUCACUUAUUCUCGUUUAAUAAUCAUGACAAUUACAUAAUUCAAUUAAUUAUGUAAUGAGUUUGUCUUCAAAAAUGCAUUAAUCAAUGGUAUUUACUCAUUACAUACUAAUACAAAUAGUAAUCGUAUUAUUAUCAUCAUCAAUAAAAGUAUCAUUAAUGGCAUCAUAAACGAGAUAAUAGUUUCAAAUGACACAAUGACAGAUGAUUACAACUUAUGGAAAACUAUAUUACUUGGAGUUCUAUUAACUAUUGCUGCCUUGUUAACGAUAACUGGAAAUGUUCUAGUUUUUAUAGCUUUUCUUCGUGAAAGAUAUAUGCGUAAAAAUUUAACUAAUUGGUUUUUGCUUUCAUUAGCUAUAGCAGAUUUAUUAGUUGGAAUUAUUGUUAUGCCAUUUGCUAUUUAUCAUACAUUAUAUAAUGCAUAUUGGCCAUUUGGACGUCAUUGGUGUGAUAUAUGGCAUGCAUUUGAUGUAUUAAGUUCUACAGCAUCAAUAUUGAAUCUCUGUGCUAUAGCAUUGGAAAGAUACUGGGCAACUGAGAAUCCUAUCACGCAUACAUCAAUGAGAACACGACGUCAUUGUUUAUUAAUGCUUACGUUUGUAUGGAUUUGUUCAGUACUUAUAUCAUUUCCAGCAAUUUUUUGGUGGAGAAAUACACAGGAUUAUGAUAUUAGCUCUUUGAAAGUAUGCCAAUUUACAUCAGACAGUAUUUACUUAUUUGUCUCAUCAUGUGUGUCAUUUUAUAUCCCAUUAGUGGUUAUGUUAGUUGUUUAUGCACGCAUUUAUCGAACUGCUAAUAAUUUAAUGAAAAGUUUUAAAACUGGUGAAAAAAUUGUUUACUCAAAUCCAAAGCAACAAUCAUCAUCAACUCUGAAUUUUCAAGCAACUAAUGUGUCAAAUGAAAAAAAACAAAAACACUGGCUGAAACACUAUCACAGUAAAAUAAAAACACAGAAUUUCAUUACACCACAAAUUGGAGAUAGAAUGAUACUACGUGUUCAUCGUGGAGGAAAUGCUACUAACAAAUACAGUAAUAAAAGUAAUAAUACAUUUAAAACAACCAAAUUGAAGACACAUCCUAAACCUCAUCGUUCACCUUUCAAUUAUUUUGAUAAGGGUAUAAUAAAACGAAAGAAAAUGAAUGAUUUAACAAAUUUCAAAAGUUCACUUUGUUUAAAUAAGCAUAAUAUUAACACAAUGUCAAAUAUCAAUACAAGAAGUAACAUCAUUUCUAAAAGUUGUGUUUUGAGUAAUUCUAUAAUUUCUUCAAUAAAUAAAUUUGAUAAUCGUCAGUUAAAAACUGAUAAAAAUCAUUGGAAUCAUACAAAUUCUUUAAUGCAAAUUCCAAUUCAUUCUCAAAUUCUUACUGACAGUUUUAAUAAUCAUAAUAAGUUAACAAAUAAUCCAUUACAAGAUCAAACUAAUUUUAAACGUUCAUAUUCAUUCAGCAUCCUUAGUUGUUUAUCUCAUUCACAAGAUAGUCAAAGAUUAAAAAAAUCUCAAUAUCUGAAAUCACAAAUAUUACCAUUUCAAUCAUCGAUAUACACGAAGAAUCCACAAGCGUUACAAUUCAAUCAAUGGAAUAGUACAACAUGUCAAUAUGAACAAAAUCAGUUCACUGAUUAUCAAUCUAAUAGUAAUAUAGAUAAAAAGUAUUCAAAAAACCAUUCUGGUGUAUCAAGUGACAAGUGUAAACAUCCAGUUGCUAGACUUAGUAUGAAUCAACAAAAUAUCAACAAUAUUUCACUGAUGAAUUACACCACUGCAAAUUUUACUUUGGUAAAUGUGAAUACUACUACUAUGACUUCUAAUUCAGCUGAUGAUACAAAUCAAAUCGAAAUUAAUUCACUAUCCAAAACAAAAUGUUGGAUAAAUCAGUUGAGAGAGUUUGCUAGAAAAAAAUGUGUUUGUAAAUUUGCACGUGAACAAAAAGCAGCUAAAACGUUGGGAAUUAUAAUGGGAUUAUUUAUAAUAUGUUGGUUGCCAUUUUUUGUUUGUAACAUUCUAAUUGCAUUCAAUCCAUAUUCAUUAAACCAAAAUAAUGUGUUUAAACAAGUCCACAUUUUAGUGACCUGGUUAGGCUAUAUAAAUUCAUGUAUUAAUCCAAUUAUAUAUGCACAUUCAAUGCAUGAAUUUCGUAGGGCAUUUAAACGAUUGCUAUGUUUUCACUGGUGGUAUCGUAAAAAAAUUCAGCUUAGGAAAUCAACCUCCUUUAAAAGUCGUUGUUUAUCUCAUCGUAUAACCUCCCAUAAUCAUCAUAAUCAUAGUCAUCACCACCGACAUCAUCAUCAUCAUCAUCAUCAUUAUCGUCAUCACCAACAUGAUCAGCAUCAGUCUGAUGAUCAUUUAUGUAAAUAUAAAUUUGAAACUAUCUAUGAAACACAUCAACCAACACCAAAAUAUCCCAGUGUUACAGAUUAUCAGUUAACAAACUAUCAUUUAUUACAUCAAGAUCAUGAGAACAGCUAUUUAUCGUAUAGUAUACUUGUACCGAAUUUAAGUGAUUCUAUUUGUUCUUAAAAUCAAUAAAAAUAAUGAAAGAAAAUCCCAAAUUAUUAUUUUUUUGGAUUAAAUUUAUAUAAAGAUUCUUUUCUUAAGUAAUAAACUGAAAAAUAAAGUUCUUCUAAGAACUAACCAUUGCUCAACAACAAUAACUAUUGAGCCAUAUUAAUGAAAGAUCAAUUAUUGAAAUGUAAUCUUAGUACAAAUGGAAUAAUUCUGCAAACCUUUUAUUGAUCUUAUUAUGCUGUAAUAUAAUACUAUUUUUUUUAUAAUAUACUGACAUGCCAUGGAUUUCAUCUAAAAUGAUAUUUCUAAGAAAAGUGAGUAUAUAAUAAUAAAUGUAAAUAAGACUGUUUCAAAUGUGAAAGAUGUUAAUC